UGGAGAGCACGUGAAUGUAUCAUAGUUGGACGCGACGGAGAGGAGAGGAGAGGAGAGGAAAAGAAAAGGGCAAGGAAGGGACCUGCAAUAAAUUCAGCCUUGUACUCUUGGCGCCAAUCUGAUUUAAAGAGAACAAAAAGAGCUAUUUUUUCAUUUGAUGUUUUAUCAAAUUUGCGCCUACCUGCUGCUUCUCUCGCAGCCGUCGGUCGGUGCUGUAGCCAGCUAGCCUCGUUAGCACACUAUCUAUCAUUGUCAUAUUAAUCUGCCCCCCUUCUGUAGUGAAGAUACUAAUAACUCAGCAACAGCAAAGGACAGGCACAAUAGAGGUGUGUUUCUCCAGGGGAUUGAUAAAACACCGCUGCAAAAAUGGGGAGAAAGUCCAACAGAGCAAAGGAGAAGAAAGCCCGGCGUCUGGAAGAGAGGGCAGCUAUGGAUGCCGUGUGUGCCAAGGUGGACGCAGCCAAUAAGCUUGAUGACCCACUGGCUGCCUUCCCAGCCUUCAAAAAGUACGACAGAAAUGGGCUGAACCUACAGAUAGAGUGUAAGAGAGUGACCUCCCUCAACCCGCUGUCUGUGGAGUGGGCCUUCGAACUCACCAGAGCCAACAUGCAGACACUGUAUGAGCAGAGCGAGUGGGGUUGGAAGGAGAGGGAAAAGAGGGAGGAGAUGAACGACGAGAGGGCGUGGUACCUACUGGCCCGCGACGGCGACUCCGCCCCUGUGGCCUUCUCUCACUUCCGAUUCGACGUGGAGUGUGGGGAGGAGGUUUUAUAUUGCUAUGAGGUGCAGUUAGAGAGCAGAGUGCGGAGGAAAGGACUGGGAAAGUUCCUCAUCCAGAUACUACAGCUCAUCGCUAACAGUACACAGAUGAAGAAAGUGAUGUUGACAGUUUUCAAACACAACCACGGGGCUUACCAGUUCUUCAGAGAAGCUUUACAGUUUGAGAUCGAUGAGACUUCGCCAAGCAUGUCCGGUUGCUGCGGCGACGACUGCUCUUACGAGAUCCUCAGCCGGCGGACCAAACACGGCGAGGCCUCGGCCGGACACACCCACGGGGGUGGGCACUGCGGGGGCUGCUGCCACUGAUCCGCUCCACUUCUACAUUAUUAUUUUUUUUUUUUUUUUUCUUCUUCUGAUUGGUUAAAAGCCAGCAACUUACAUGGCUGUGUGUGAAAGCUUGAGCUGCCUCCUACUCUGCAAGCGUUUUGAGUUUGACCGGCUGCAGAGUGCCGUUUAAAAAAAUGAACCGAUUGUGGAAUAUCUGGCUACAGAUGUUGGGUGUCUCAUUAUGGAUUGAGAUUUGUGUUUGUUUUUUUUUUUUUUUUUUUGUGUAUUCCUGCUCCAAAAGCAGUAUGUAGUGUGAGCUUUCACACAUAGCUCCUGUUUUUUCUUUCUUACUUGUUGGUUCAAUGUCCAAGCCAUCUUUUCUCAUUCUCUUAUCCCAGUUAAUGAUGACAGUUAGUAUUCCCCAGUCGAGAGAAAAAAGCUAAGGCAUUGCUGACACUCUCUACUCUCCACUGCAAUGAACCCCAUCCCACCCUGCACAUCUCCUCACGUGCUGUACCGUAUUCAAACCUUCUGCAGCGCUUCUUAAACUAUGGCUCGGGACCUGGCCUAAGGCUGUAUUAUAGAAACUUCCUACCUCAUGUCAAGAUUUCAUAGUACCUUUUUUUUUAGUUUUUUUCCCAAAUGGAUCAUGCCCUCACUCAAAUGACUAUGUAUAGUAAGCAGAUAAGAAGAGCUAGUCAGUUUCUGUUAUACAGCCCCUGCUUUCUUUGGGCCCUCACACUGAGACUAGCGGCAGUGUCCCAGGAUUAGGCUGAAUGUACUCCCAUUUGGGUCCCAGAACAACAGUCUGAGGAGCCAUGCUGUACUGUAAAAUCGCCUGUCAUAUGCACGUAUGGCUUGCAAGUCAUUUUCUAGCAGCAACUGCACUGUUUUGAACCAUAUCGUCCCAUUAUACUACAGUUACAGUACCCUCAUAGCACCAUUCAUCUUCUCUAUUCAGGUGAUACCUUUAUCUGUAGGCCUCUCCCACGAUAUUAAUUAUGAUAACGUAUGAGACAAGAUGUCCAAGAUUGCCCUUUUUCUUCAUGAUGCUUUCUCCAACUUCCCCAGUGAGUGAGUAAGACAGUCAUUUCUCAUGAUCUGUUUCUGUCUAUCUGCGUCCAACCCAGAAAGUAAUCUGAGUAUGACCCUCUUGCUCAUUCAGAUGUUCAUCUUUCUUUACCUCGGCCAUAUUUCCUUAUCAGAGGUACAUGUCAUGAGCUGAAACUCAUGUUUUCUGCUUCACUGAAGACACAGGGUUUUAACUCCAUGAAGUCUUUUGCCCGCUUUCUUCCCACCUUCUUUUUCUUGUUUCCAUGCUUCACGUCUGUAAAAUUUCAUCCGCCUUCCCUUUCUCCUGUUCUUUCCGCCUCUGUUCUCCCUCCAUGUCCGAAAGGCGGCGAAGAAUGACCGCAUGCCCCUUCAUGUCGUUCACGCCUGCUCGCCUCUUCCUUCGCUUCUUUUCCAAGAGGUACUAAUGAUAAACAAGUUGAUGUUGACGAUACCUUUUUUUUAAGCUGCAUUUAAAAAAAAAAUACUACAACCAUCCUCCAUCCCUUCUCUUACACAUUUUGUUAGCAUGAGCAAAUCAUAUUGAUUUAACAUGGAUGAGGAUUGGUAGAAGUCACCGUUUCAUUACGUGGCCAUCUGAAGCUGAUGAAUGCUAUUAACUUGGAGGAGGGAACAUAGAUUUGAUGGAUGGGUGAUCAAAAAAUAAUUGCAGAGCACACAUAGUUUUUUUUUUUUUUAAUGGUUAUUAUUCUUCUUCAUCACCCAUUUCCCCAGCCCAAUGUCAUUAGUUUGUAUGUAAAAAACAAACAAAAAAACCACUUUAGACAGGUUAAACAAAACUUGUGAUGUAAAUCAUGAUUGAUCAACGGCUUCUGAACGUCCGCCGCGCUGUUUGAACACGCAUCUAAGAUCCUCAUGUUGGUCUAAUGGCAUUACUUUAAUAUUUCAUACCUUCUCCCAUGAACGUCAGUGCAUGUUAGAAGUAUGUGAUGGGGGAUGUUGUGUGAAAUUUUUAAAUGCUUUAGUUUGGUAUUCCUUAAAGCGUCUUGGCACCAAGUCAGUACUGUAAGAUAUGUACUGUACAUCUGCUGCCCAUUCCCUUAAAGUUGGUCCAGAAUAAUCUUACUGCCGAGAUUCUUGUAGGAGUCCCACUUUGGAUUUUUUAGAUACCACAUUACUAGUCAAUGUAGAAAGGCUUCGAUCUGGUUGAUUCCAUAUCUGUUUACAAAACCUUCAGGGUAUUAUUGGACAGUUUUGAGUGCCAGUCGGCUAUAGCCCUAAUCUAGAAACCACCAUAAAACCCUUUAAUUCCAGGACUGUAGUCAGUUUGUACAUAUUUUACUUGCGGGCUGGAGGUGUCAAAAGAUAUUACUUCACACUGCUGUGGAUGUAAAUAUUCCUCUAAAGAGUGGCUGUGAAGGGCUUCAAAUAGUACGUUUUGAAAUGUUCUUUUAAAACCGGUCGUAUUAAGGCCCAAUUUGAGAUUUCCUACAGAUUAAUGCCUGGUCAAAGUAUGUGAAACAGGGGAGACUGAAAUGUGAAGUUGACAGACCCUUUCUUACACCUCGAUGCUGUAAUAAUCUCUGUUACAACAGAACAAAAUGUUAUUUAUCGCCAAAAAAAAACCCAUCCCUUUUGGAUGACUAAGUCCAGAUCCUGGGGUAAAAGUUUCUGGUUGUUUCCAGACUGGGUAGAGACAAAAAAAAAAAAAAAUUCUUCACCUGGAGAGGACAUAUUGGUGUCUCAUGUUUGUUUGAUCAUGAACAACAAAACCGUUAAACAACAUAUUGCUUGUUUUAGUUCUAGACUACCUUCUGAUAAGUACAGUAAGUCAUGUUUAUGUACUGCACAGGUUACAAUACAAAGAGGAUGUUGUACAUAGUGGUAGUAUAUCAACCGACUGACAGUCUCUCUCUCUCUCAGGUUUCUCAAACGGAAUCAAACCUCAUCUGUUUUAUUUAAACAGCCAUGCUCGCUGGGUAGGAUUGGCCACAGCUCUGAACUAGAGCCAGUUUUUGUUUGCGUGUCAUGCCAUAGUAUUUAAAGAAACUGGUCUGAAGAAUGUGAUAACACCACUGUUGAGGAGGUGAUUUUAUUUUUUUUAUUUUAUUUUAUUUUUUAGACUUUGUUAACAGUAAAAGGAAAAAGCUCCUCUGUUGCCUUGGAAAUGUGAAUUUGCAUGAAAGUGAAUAUGACACAAAGUUUGAACUGACCCUAGAUCAGUGCUCAGUUGUUACAUACAAUCCAGAUAGGUGGGCUGUUUUUAAAAAAAAUAAAUAAAAAAAAAGCUCACUGAAGGUUAAAAAAAAAAAAAAAAAAGCUUUUGUGAAAAUAUCUUUAAGUUAGUAAGUGAGCCUAAACUUAACCCGUUUAUUUUAAGUCAUUAAGUACUUUUAUUUUAGAAAAUGGUUACAUACCCCCACAAAACCACAGAUCCUUUUCUUGGUAUUUUCUGUGUGUCUGUGUGUAUAUAUACAGUAUAAGCUGUUGUGGAUCCAUCUUCAUUUUCAUUUCUUGGCCUUUUACAGGUAAAACACUUUUUAAACAUGAUGCUAAAAGUAAAACUCCAUGUUUGAGAGUGAGUGUUACACUCCUGUCCAUAAACGACAAUGAAAGGGAAAACUAAGUCAUUCUGCCUUGUAAGUGUUUUAUUUGUAUGUUACAAAUAAAGGAAAGUUGUUUGACUUUUCAAGAGA